UACAUCCGGUUGCGCAGCAGCGGAGUCGCUGAACCGGAGGAGGCAGCAGACAUUGUUGUGGUAGCGGCUCAGCUCCGAGGAUGAAGCGCCUGUAAUGAGCAGAUAACGGAAGACGCCGCCGCCGCACCGUCAGGACUGCCUCCGUCCAAAAGAGCCAGCGGAGAUCUGCCUUCAUUCAACCCGAGCACAGCGGAGAAAGAGCACACGAUGCCACCGACGUGAAAACCCACGACAUCCGUGGGGUGUUUUUUUUUUUUUUUCGUUUCUUUUUUUUUUUUGCAUCCGUGGGAGCUGGGCUAAAUCUCAGCGUGUGCGCGCAAACACAACCCCCUCCAGAGGACUGCUGCUGCUUUCUUGGACGACAAGGAGGAGGAGGCGGACUGCUGUGCUCCCAGAGGCCUCGGAAAACACAGCCUGCUACCGAGGAGGUGAUGGACUGACAUUAAUCGGAGCCUCCCGACCUCAUUAAGGAGCUGCUGUCUGCGUGCCUUGGAGAAAUCAAGCGAAAUAAAGACAUCACAUGUUUCUGCCUCUGUGUUUGCGCGGUGACAUCUGGACCAGAGUGGGCGCAGAAGAAGAAGAGGAAGAAGAUGAUGCGAUAAACCUCAGCUGAGCAUCAAGCAAAACAACAUUUAAUUUUUUUUUUCCCCCCAGUAAUUUCUCAGGGACUAUUGGGUUGUCUUGUACAAAAUGGGCAGUGAGGGGGAGAUGAUAAACAGGGAGCUGUCAAAGGUCUCUGAUGAGGAUUUGCUGGCCUGCUCCAAAGAGGAGCUGGUGAGCCGGUUGCGUAAGGAGGAGUCAGAGAAGAUCUCGGCUCUGAUCCAGCGCGGCAGGCUCAUCAAGGAGGUCAACAAGCAGCUGCAGGGCCACCUCCUGGAGAUCCGGGAGCUGAAAGUCAUCAACCAGCGCCUGCAGGAGGAGAACACCGAGCUGCGGGACCUGUGCUGCUUCCUGGACGACGACAGGCUGAAGGUGAAGAAGCUGGCCCGGGAGUGGCAGCUCUUCGGCCACCACGCCGCCAAGGUGAUGCGUGAGGACCUGGGCGGCUACCUGAAGAAGCUCGCCGACCUGGAGCGCCUGCAGGACGGCCUGGUGAAGGAGAACCUGGACCUGAAGGAGCUGUGUCUGGUGCUGGAGGAGGAGUGCGUGAGCAGGAGCGACUCCAGCCCCGGCGGGUCCACGGAGCUCAACCUGCCCUGCAUGGUGGCCCGGGACUUGGGGGACGGGAGCUCCAGCACGGGCAGCGUGGGGAGUCCGGACCAGCUCCACCUGGUGUGCUCACCGGACGACUGACGGCCGGUGGACGGGCUUCCCCACCCGGGAGAGAGGGACUCCAGGCAGAAUGGGAGGCGUUAAAUGGAUAGUUUAGGAUUUUUUUUAAAGCCAGGUGAUGUGAAAAGGUUGUUAGUUGUUAUUAUCUUACCUGCAGUAAAUAAAUCCAGGGUCUAUUUAAAAAAAAAAAAAAAAAAAAGAGUUUUAUAUUUUUGCCAGACUCAAAUCGGUCAGCAUCUACAACUCUGUGCACAUUUUAGUGCAAAACGUUCAUCUUGAUGGGUUUUUGCCUGUGGGUUCCAGAAAAGGGUUAAAACAGCAAAGUUGGUUUCUGAGCCACAUGGUGGUAAAGGGCUAUUUCUCAGCUUUUAUUGGCAUCCCAUUUAACUUAAAUCAGCUCUAUCUCAAAAUCUACACUUCUUAGACUUGUUAAAUCUGGGUUAUGUUAUCCUACGUUAAACACAGAUCCUUUCAUUUACAGUUUGUUUGCUUGUAAGUAAAAGAGAAUAUGCUAGUUUUCAAAUUUUAAGCUUUCAGGUAACUGAGAACAAUGACUGGAAACUCAAGCAUUGUUUCUAUUAUUUCCCUAUACCUGCCCAGAUUUAGGGGGGAAUAAAUCUGGUUUCAAACAUUUUCAGAUUUUUAAGACUGUCGAGGAACUCUGUAUCUCCCAGAUGCUGAAGUAAGCAGCUAGUCCAAGCGAGGCCAAGACCAAAGCAGAUCUCUGCAGCUUAAAACACUUACUAAAUCUAAAAAAAAAAAAUAAAAAAAAACAUUUAUGAUUUAAAAGAUUGUCAAGUUCUGACUGGGUGGUUAUUCUCACACACAAAAAUACACAUUACAAGGAUGUGGCGCACCACCAAUGAUCUUCCUGUGUGAAACGCGUACUGAGAACGGAUCAUGUAGAGUUUUAUAUCAGAACAAUUCAUUUUGUGCACUAAUCAUUGAACAAUAUAUCAAAUUAUUACAAGAUCUUGUAUGGAGGAUUUUAGGAUACAACAAUAUGGGGUUCCACUCUACAUUAGCAAAAGAAAAUGUAGAAUUAAUGCCAAUUUACUUUUUUUUAUAUUGUCACAAAAUGACUGCCGUGCUUUAAUUAAUGCUUUUUGGUUGGAAUAAAUGUUACUCACUCAAUUAACUUCUCAUACUUGUUUUUCCAGCCAAAAAGUCAAGUUUAUUACUGUAGAAAAUCAACAAAUAGACCAUUGCGGUGUGAAAUAUAAACACAUUCUGCUUUAAGUCUUUCUGAAAUAGAUAUGAAAGUUAUACCUUAUUUUAUUAGUUACCCCAACAGUGUGAAAUGUGUUCAGAAAUUAUAUUCAAAAUGUAGUAUGCAACUCAUCUCAUUCUAGUAUUUUUAGCAUUUUCAUCAUGUUGGGGCUAGAAAAGCGUUCCCAUAUGUCUCAGAUCAUCUUAUUUUACAUAUAUAAGCACAUUAAAAACAUGAACUGACAAACUAUUGGGUUGAUUUAAAAAAAAAGUUAAAAUAUUUACGAGGAUCUACUGAUUUUUUUUACUUAGUAUAAAGUGUUUCCAGUCAGGGUAGCUUUCUGAUAGAAAAAGGCAAAUGGUUAUAACCCAUAUAAGUUACUUUUUCUACCCAUUGUUCAUCUAACUGGACUUGCUUUCUUUACAUGUUAUGUUCUCAAUAUAUAUAUAUAUAUAUAUAUAUAUAUAUAUAUAUAUAUAUAUAUAUAUAUAUAUAUAUAUAUUAUGUGAAAGAUACAGCUUAAGAAUCUGUAAAGUAGUGUUAGCUUGAGCUGCUAUGACGUUUUGGAUAUACUGGAGUUGUUUGGCGAUGGUAGAAGUUUGGUCUUGGCCUCUCCAGCAUCAAUGCCGUCUAAUAAUCUGGAUUUUUGCUAAAUGCACGGUUAUUUAUUUACUUACAGGUAAGAUAUUAACGUUUUGUAACCUUUAAAAUGAACCUAACUUGAGAAAUCCCGAAGAGUCCCUUUAAGGCUCUCAGAAUGCUGCAAACUUUCUGUGCCACAACAGGACAAUGAGAAACCUUAUCACACUACACAUUUCAGGAUCUUACGCAGACAAUGAUGACAAAGUAUCUAAGUUUUACAGUGUUUUUCUAUUGAAUCUUCUGAGAUUUCUCCUUUUUCAGUGAUCUGUUGUUGAAAAAGAAAAUGGGACCAGUAAGUGGGUCACAUCUAUAAAUUUAUCUCAUGCACUGGACUAGCCUACACUGGUAGACGCCUUCUUUUCUAAUGCACUGGAGAGCCUCGUCUUAGAUCAUUAAAUCACAGAUCUAAUGGUGGAUUUUAAUCCAGUUUUGAGCCAUAUUUAGUCCACUGAUGAUUUGAUAUCGGCCUUUGCUACAUAGAUGCCCAACUGUGUAAUAUAUUAUGCACUCUCUCUCUUCCUCAGGGCAGGAUUGGAGUGCCAUAUGUGCAUGAUGGUUGUUACUGUUUUUACUACAGGCCGUGGUGCUGUUGGGAAAAUGUGCCGGAGCCUGCAUACAGCUGGCACAUUUAGCACGGUUUUGGUUCAUGGUAGAUAUUUAGGUAAAUCUCACUCAGAGCAGAACUAAGAGUCAGUUUGUCCUGUUUUUAAAAUCCAACUGGAAUCUCUUUGUAACAAACUGGAGAGUCUACAAACAUUAAUGAUUUCUAAGCCAAUAACGCUUGCUUCUUUGACCCUUUUUCUUAUGAUGUUGGUUUUUAAUUGGCACCUGCUGAAUUUCUUGUUUUUCUUUUUUUUUCUUUGCAUUUAAUCUGUACCAUUAGGGGUAAUCUUAACUUUGACGCUUCUUUAUCUUGUUUUUUUUUUUUUAUUUUCCUGUGUUAAUUAUAGAAUUACUGUUUUCCGGUUUAAAGCAUAGAUAAAUGCACAUGGAUUAGAAAAGAUUUAUUUUGUCGUCAGCUGUUUAUCGGUGGGCUAUGCUCGUAGUGCGCCGAAGAGCUUUAAAUACAGUCGAAAUGACUCCCUGUGCUGUUCUGA